CUGCAUUAUUGGAGCAGGAAACGCCGCGAAUAAUCACGUUGUUCAUCACCGAGUGUAGCAAGUACCGACAGUUUCUCCGAGGCCUUUGUUUCAAGAAUUAAAAGAUGUCUAUUGGUGUCCCAAUCAAAGUGCUGCAUGAAGCAGAGGGUCACAUUGUGACCUGUGAGACAAACACCGGUGAGGUGUACAGAGGAAAACUGAUUGAAGCAGAGGAUAACAUGAACUGCCAGAUGGCAAACAUUACUGUCACCUAUCGUGAUGGCAGAGUGUCUCAGCUGGAGCAGGUCUACAUACGUGGCAGCAAAAUACGCUUCCUCAUUCUGCCCGACAUGUUGAAAAAUGCCCCCAUGUUGAAGAGCAUGAAAAACAAAAACCAAGGGGCAGGAGCCGGAAGAGGCAAAGCUGCUAUUCUCAAAGCUCAAGUCGCUGCCAGGGGCCGUGGGCGAGGAGGACCACCAGGAGGCAGAGGAAAUAUUUUCCAGAAAAGACGAUAAUUUAAAUUGCAUUGUAGUCCAAGUUUAAUCUUGUACAGUUUCAUUUUUUUUCUUUGUUUUUGACUUAAAAUUUGGAAAAAUUGUGUGAUUGUAUUUGUCACAUGCCUUGCAGAUUUUUGUAGUUUUACGUUUUUUCACUUUUCUCAUGUAAUAAACGGAGCUGUUGAAU